UCAAGGUUUUUUUUUGAAAAUCUCGCUCUCUAUUCUCUGGUUAGACUUACAUGGGGUACAUGUUAAGGGUCUAAGUAUUGUAUUUUGCUUCAAAUAUUUUUUAUUCACUUAUCGAAAAUUCCGCAACUCUUUGUCCGCAAUAAAAACUGUUAACUUAAAGGAUCCAGUUAUUGAUCAAAAUGUUAUUUCAAGUCUAGUCAUUUUUCUUAAAAAGACCCGAUUUUUCCUCCAAAGCUCAGGGACCUCUAGUAUAACUCAAAAAAAUUUUCUUCUUAAAUUUUUUAUUUUUCAGUAAUUGAAAAAAUAAGUUCAAAAGUAUUUUUAAAAUGGAAAGAAUUUGGAUGUAAAAUUGAACCUCGGGCUGAAAGUAAGGCUAUUUGGAUAAUAAUGAAUGGUACCGAGGAUGAAAAUGAUGACCGUUUUGAAAAAAUAUUUAAAAUAUUAAAAUUUGCUGAAGAAGCAAAUGAAAAUGAAAAAUUACGUUUUAAAAUAAGUACAAGAAUUUUAAUUCCGAAUCAAAAGUGCGGGUACGUUGUUGGAAGAAAUGGAUCUACUUUAAAAAAAAUUGUGAAUGAUUUUAAUGUUAUUGCUUUAAUGGAUGGCGGACAUUCUGACCCCGUCCCUGAAGGUUUUGGCCGUUUAAUUUUGAAGGGGACCAAAUUGGAUGGAAUUUGGUCUGCGAGGGUUCAAAUAAAUUAUAUGGUCAAAAUUGCUUUGGAUCUAAAUCCUUAUGGACCUGCUGAUGGAAAAAGAAUGUCGGCUUUGGGAAAAACUGCUUUGGCUGAAGAAAGGAUUAAAGUGCCUCUAUUUAGUGCUUUUAGUGAAGAACAGAAGAAACAAUUUCGAGAAAUUCAGGUUUUUUUCAGAUUUCUUUUUAGUAUUUUUUGUGCGGCCCUUUAAUUGGGAGGAGUUCAGGUCCGAAUGCCUCGCUCUACUUCAUUCUAUUGAUCAG